UCUUCCUCUCUAAUGUCUUCUUCAUCCAACAAAAUAGGUAACAUGACCACGAAAAUUGUGCGGCUGAAGCAAGUCGUAACCCGCUGGAAAUCCAAGAGCGCGAGGACCAGCAUUUCCUACUCCUCAUCCGACUCCGAUUCCGACGAACCGGCGCCUCCAAACCGCCGCACUCCCUCCGGCUACGUCGCGGUCUACGUCGGCCCGGAGCGCCUCCGUUUCGUAAUCCCCACCCGGUUCCUCAACCUCCCGGUCUUCGUCGCCCUCCUCAGCCAGGCCGAGGAGGAAUUCGGCUACCCGCCCACCGGCGCCCUCACUCUCCCCUGCGAAACCGCCUUCUUCUCCACCAUCCUCCGCCUCCUCGACAAAGACGAGGAGAAGUUCUGCGCCCUAACCAUCCACGAAUUCGCUCAAUUCGCCUCCGAAUCGUGCAAUUGGUCAUCCUACAAAUGAUCCAGCCCCAUUGCUGAAGAGAACUAGGGUUUGAAAUGAUCUUUAAUUUUAAUUUUACUUUUUCUUAAGGGAGAUUAGUUUUAUUUUGAAUUUAGUUGAAACUAAUUUUAGAUCAUCCUUGAGGCCAGAGGUUGGAAGGAUGAAUGCUGGUUGCUCAAUGCGAUGCUUUAGUUUUCCGAUUCCCUUUUUUAUUUGUUAAAGGGAUCGAGAUCCCCAAUUUUUGUAGACCAACGUUGAGAUUGAUUUUUAAUGGAAUUUCAAUGUUG